CAAGCCUAAUAAAUUAUGCAGCUCCGCUCCUCGGUGGCCACAGAGACGAAAGAAAGAGCCAAGAGCAAAGGGGCGGAGCGCAGGAAAAACGGAAACACAAAGACUCAAGGCCGGAAGCUGCUAGCUAUCGAGCAUGCGCGCGGGCUUUUCCCCAUCCCGUCCUUAGGCAUGGAGUUUGUGAGCCCACGUGUGUCUGCGCUCUCGGCUUAUCGUGCCGCUGUUCACCUUUCUGAAUGGCAGCGGCCGCAGGCCCGCCCCACACACGGGAUUUAUGUCUCCCUAAAAAACAGGAGAGCAAAGAAGUGGUCUGUGAAGAGGGCAGCGGCAGGCGAUUGGGUGGUUCCAGAGGGGGCCGCCAUCGGGCAGCAAUCUGGAGGCUCCCGUCCUGUCCCAGGUGCUAUGGCGGCGAAGAAACGGAGGAUGAAGCUGAGAUCUAAGCAGGAGGCACCCUUGCAGAGCCAAAGGGAGGUGGUGGUGCAGGGGAAGCGUGGCUGCGGCCGUGCGGGCGAAAGCCCCCCGCCAGUUGCCCCCGCAACCCACGAGGAAGACAAGCAGCCGCCGCUCUCCCGCCAGCAGCCUUCCGCGGGCUCCUCGCUGCGGUGCUUCCUCCAGGAGCUGGCAGGAGUCCAGCAUAGCCGAGAGCGAGCCGCCAAGCUCUUCGAGUGGCUCAUUGCCCCCACCUCCUUGCAGCAGUUCUUCGAGCACAGCUGGGAGAAGAAGCCCCUGCUGAUUCGUCGGCGGAACCCAGGCUAUUACCGGGAUCUGUUUUCUACGGCCGAGUUCGAUGCCAUCCUACGGGACAACGAUGUCCAGUUCGGCGUCAACUUGGAUGUGACCAGCUAUGAAGACGGGAGGCGGGAGACUCACAACCCGGUGGGGAGGGCAGUGCCGGCUGUGGUGUGGGACUUCUACAAGAAUGGCUGCUCUCUCAGGAUGCUGAACCCGCAGGCCUUUUCUUCCACCCUCUGGUACUUCCUUUCCAUCUUGCAGGAGCAGUUUGGUAGCAUGGUUGGAGCUAACACUUACCUGACCCCUGCUGGGACUCAGGGCUUUGCGCCUCAUUAUGAUGACAUUGAAGCCUUUGUGAUCCAGCUGGAAGGGAAGAAGCACUGGCGAGUUUACAACCCCAGGACAGAGGCGGAGAUGCUGCCCCAGUUUUCUAGCCACAACUUUACUCAGGAGGAGAUUGGAGAGCCGGUUCUGGAGACUCUGUUAGAAGCUGGGGACUUGCUCUAUUUUCCUCGUGGGUUUAUCCAUCAAGGGGACUGUCUCCCAGAUGCACAUUCACUCCAUAUUACAGUUUCUUCGUACCAGAGAAACUCCUGGGGAGACCUCCUGGAAAAGCUCCUUCCUGCAGCCUUGCAGAUGGCCAUUGAAGAGGAUGUGGAAUAUCGCCAGGGCCUCCCUUUAGAUUACCUGCAAUAUAUGGGUGUUCUGAACUCUGAGGUGGUUGAUCCUCGACGAGCUGCCUUUAUGCAAAGGAUCAAGACUUUGAUAACUAGACUUGUGGAUUAUGCACCUGUUGAUGCUGCAGUGGAUCAGAAAGCCAAGGCUUUUCUUCAUGACUGCCUCCCUCCAGUGCUGACUGGGAGGGAAAAGGCACUGAGUGUGUAUGGACUUCCAGCACGGUGGGAGAAUGGUGGUGUCAAGGAUCUUGAUGUCCCAAUCAAGAAAAAAACACAGGUACGGUUGCUUCGCUAUGGAAUUGUCAGACUGUGCAAUGAAGGAGAUGGCAUGCUGCUUUAUUAUACCACAGAAAACUCAAGGGUGUACCACAAGGAAGAGCCUAAGUACUGCGAAAUAGAGUCUGAGUACACGGAUGGUAUUGAAUUCUUGCUCUCUUCAUAUCCAAGGUAUGUUCGGGUAGAGACUCUUCCUUGUGCUACUUUGGAUGAGAAGAUUGCUUUAGCCACAUUCUUAUUUGAGAAGGGAUUGUUGAUUACUAAGAACCCUUUGUGGUCUGUAUAGCAUGUUAAUGAUUAUAAAAAUAAAAACCCUAUGAAUAAAGA